GUGCUGAGAUGGAGGCUGAGGCAAGAAGACGGAAACAGCUGAGCAUGCAGGCAGCCAUCCAGGAGAAGUCUGCGGAGCUUGAGAGGCUUGUCUUCCAGCUGAAUUCCUUGGAGCGAGUGGAGAGGGAGCAGUUCGCUCUCAUCGAGAAGCUGA